AUGCAUUCUCCGUCAGAGGAUAAGGAAUGGGCCACCAAAUAUUUGCUCAACCCUUUAACGGAUCCCGAGCCCAGUGAGGAAACUGGUCCCGGUACACAUUUCAGAAACCUUUCUUCAUCAAGCCAAGAUCCAGCUACCACAUCAUAUUCUACCAGCGACCGAUACUCGAAGCAUCCAACGGCCACUGAUUAUCCCACACCCCCAACCUCGUCUAGUCCCACUAGAACCACCUUUCAUCCAUCAAACCCAUACUCUUCUUCGUCUCACCGGAAAUCCGCUUUUAGCGAUUAUUCCCAGCCCGGCACAAGCCGUAGGAGUUUUGACCAGCCGGCCACCCAGCCAGCCACCCAGCAUAAACACCAAAGAAGCCGUGGGAGCUCUAUCGGAGAACGCUUUCCCGGCGAUAUGUCUCACCGGCCACUCGACCAGCUCCGCAAGGAAGCAAAGAUGGCGAAUCGUUCGCCGCACCUAAAGAGAAAGCAUAUUCCAGGUGCAGAUAGCAUUGAUUCCCUCGACGAUUCCAUAGUGGGCGGGAAAUAUCAUCACGGGGGUCCGUAUGACGCUACAUUGCUUGCCCGCAAUACCAAUUACCAAACCUCACCUGUCGCCGCCCUGGAGGACUCCAAUGCGGAAGCUAUCAGGGCUACACCAAAAGAAUACCUGCGAGAUUCGCUGGACAAGCAUGUCCCGUUGCAGGGUACUUCUAUCAUCCCUCCUGGGGCGACAUCGUGGGACGGCAGAGUGAUGGACUACCAAGAGGGCGCCGAUUUAAUGCGUGAGCCGGAUGCACCGGGUGGAGCAUAUAAGAGAUGGGAUGGUGUUAAAUAUCUCCCAGGAGACCUCAAGGGCAAAGGGGAACCCUCAUAUACUGUUGAGAAAGCUUUGAAAGAACACAAGCAUAGUCAAAAAGCGCUCAAUGAGCAGAACCCGAAAUCUCACCGCCAUGCGAUGUCUGACGGUCAUGAUCUCUACGAGAUGCAGCCUCGACAGCGGAAACGUGGUGCCAGCGGGAGCAGUGCUAAUCUGGCCCCACCGUCAAAUAAUAAUAGGAGCCACUCUGCAAAUGAGGCAGACAUGCGGAGGAGCAAUACCACUGGGCGGCGAGUAGGUGAGAGUUUGAGAAAGCGAUUGGAAAGUUUGAAAAAGAAAGUCUCCGAAGUCUAA